UAUUACCUUGUACGUAACUAUAUCUGGAUUUAUUCUAGACUCCGUGCCUCCUUUUCUUUGCUUUGUUUAUCCAAAGAAUACCUAACGGUCGUCUAUGUGUUUGUUUGGAUCUGUUUGGAAGUUCAGUUCACCACAAGUCGUGAAUGUAAAACAGAACGUGGUGUGGCUUGACACUGAUCAUAAAGAAAUCCAAUUGAAAAAUCCGAACGAACAUCAUGUGAGAAUGACAAAAGCAGUUUCUGAUAAACUGGAUGAUAAUGAAUGUCAUCAAUCCUCAAUUUUAUUGAUGUCAUUAAAUGGUGGUAGGCUCGUUCUGUCGUAUUGAGCGAUGCUUUGUGCCUUCAAAAAAUACUCAAGUUACAAGAUGCAGAAUAUAAUGUAAGUUCAUUACUCUCUCUGCUGAUCGAGCAAUCGAGAAUACCGUUUAACGAAGUAAAUGCAGAUGUCAUUAUUUCGUCUAAAAACUCUCGAAAAUAAAACGACAUUGGUAACCACCGAAUGAGAUUUCUUUACCCAUUCGGUCACCUUUACAUUGUAACAUUCCUUUUUAUUCUUUUUCUGUUUGUCAGAUACUUACGUUCUUUUUUCUGCUUUAGUUCAAUAUCAAAAAGAAUUUUUGAUUUUUUAAAAGCUCAAUAUUAGAGAAAGUUUUAUAUUUUACCGAUGGAGUCGAUCACGGUAAGCAACUUACACAUGUUAUAUUUUUCAUCUACUAACUUCAUGAUUUUUUAGUGAUGGCAUCUUAUGUUUUGGUAAAAUGGAACGUGAUCGUCAACAUCUAGUAUCUGAAGUAUCCAAUCUGUAUCGUGUUGAUGUUUGUGGCCUCGGAGCUGUGGCAAGUUUAGCUGAGAAAACACAUGCAUAUGCACGUGAAAUGGAUUUAAAUACGACACAUGAACGAGGGAAGAGGACACUUGUAUCGUUGCUCUAUUCUAAUUGUUUGCAAUACAUCUCUUAA